ACCCCAGAUAUGAGGACCUGAGAGAGAGAGAGAGAGAGACAUAGAUGAGGCCGAUGCCGAUGGACUUCUUCGGAGAUAUGGAUGACCAGCCGUCGACGAUGGCGAUGGACGUGGACGACGUGGACCCGCUUGAGAUCUACGGCGAAGGCGUCAUCUCCGUCGACAGCAAGGUCGCCGACGCCGACUUCUUCAACUCCUUUGAGGACGACUUCGACGACUCAGACAUUAACUGAACCCUUUCAUCCUUAUCAUCAUGUAUGCCCUUAUUUUCUAGGGUUUUUUUUUGUCUUCGUUAGAAUCCUCCUGUGUUAAACGAGGAACGUGCAUAUUAGUAACGAUGUGUUUGGCUGGUUGGACUUUUUCUUCUAUGGUUGAAUAAAAAAUAAUAUGAGGUUUCGACUA